UGGCCUCUGAAGGGUUGACCAGUUCUGACCAACCCGUUGCUCUCUCUCCCUCUCUCUCUCCUUCUCUUCCUCACUCCUCCUCUUCCUCGCUCCCUCUAGCUCUCCCUCUGUUUGGGAAAAAAGGGGGUAAAUUCUUGUAGGCGACUUCACUCCAGGUUUCUGUGGGAUUUAAACAUGCGUGCGGAGGCUUUGGUGAACUGUAUGUUAGUUCCCUUGCUUCUUAUUCUGCUCACGGCUGUCGAGCAAAGUUUGUUACAAUCGCUGGGGCAGGUAUGUACGCUGUCUGCUGAGUCGUCCCAACGGCGGUGCAAGACCCCUGAAGGCCUUAUCUGCAGUGGUAGGGGAGAGUGUGACUGUGGGACUUGCAUAUGCCAGGUCGCAGAGCCAGGGAACUACUAUGGACCACGCUGUGAAUGCCAUGACUGGGUCUGUGCUACAUAUGACGGGAAGACUUGUGGAGGCCACGGUGUGUGUCACUGUGGGAAGUGUGAGUGUGAUGAGGACUGGUUCGGGGAGGCCUGCCAGUACCAGGAAGACUGUAACCUGACCAACAAGAAGAGCAAGGAGCUGUGCAGAAACCCACAGGGAGUAGUGUGCUCCAACGCAGGCUCCUGUCACUGCGGCAGCUGCAUGUGUCACAACCCCGAUGGCAAGAGUCUGGUAACAGGACGUUUCUGUGAGUGUGACGACAGCGAAUGUCUGGACGAGGACAACGGAGAGGUGUGUGGAGGCCACGGUCAGUGUUACUGUGGCAACUGUUACUGCGCGGCCGGUUGGCAUGGAGACAAAUGUGAAUUACAGUGUGACAUCAGCCCGUGGGAGAGCAAGCGGAGAUGUACGUCUCCGGAUGGCAAGAUCUGCAGCAACAGAGGUACCUGCAUAUGUGGGGAGUGUACAUGCUAUGAUGUGGAUCCAUCAGGGGACUGGGGUGACAUUCACGGGGACACCUGCGAGUGUGAUGAGAGGAGCUGUCACGCAACCUACGACAGAUACUCUGACGACUUCUGUUCAGGACAUGGCCAGUGUAACUGUGGAAGGUGUGACUGUAAGGAAGGCUGGAUGGGGAAGAAAUGUGAGCACCCUCUGUCCUGCUCCUUGUCUCUGGAGAGCAGCCUGAAAAAGUGCAAGGGAACGUCUAACAUGCCCUGCUUCGGACGAGGUCUUUGUCAAUGUGGCCAGUGUACCUGCCAUCCCCCAGGGGACACUCGUGUGCAUGGGAGGAACUGUGAGUGUGAUGACCGCCAGUGUGAGGACAUCAGCGGGGAGAUAUGUGGAGGUCAUGGUUUCUGUUCAUGCGGCCGGUGUAUCUGUGGUGACGGCUGGUUUGGGAAGUUGUGCUCGUUCCCUCGGACAUGCGAAAUGACUGACGCUCAGAGCAAAGAGCUGUGUGAGACCGCCGAUGGAGUCAUGUGCAAUGGAAAAGGGUCGUGUCACUGUGGCCGGUGUAUCUGCUCUGGAUCUCCUCAGGAUUGGUGGGUCUCUGGGGAGUAUUGUGAGUGUGACGACAGAGAGUGUGAUAAGCACGACGGACUCAUCUGCACAGGGAAUGGGAUGUGCAACUGCGGCAACUGUGACUGCUGGGAUGGCUGGACGGGGAACGCCUGUGAGAUCUGGGUGGGAACUGAAUACUAACACCACAGAACAUUUCAGUAGCUACACAAAGAGACUGUGCUGUCAGAAAAGGCGUGAAACACCAAAGGAAGGAGAGGAAUGGAGAGCGCGAUGGAGAGGAGGAUAAAAAAAGAAGUCAACCAAACUGGGAUGUAAUUCUUCAUUCAGAUUUCUGUAUAUCACUUGUAUAACAGCAUUCAUUGUACUGGUUACAAAUCAUCUUUAUUAAAACGAUGUUCUUAUUUUGUAUGCAAGAAAAAAACCUUUGUAGCAAAAAUAUUUGUUUUCUCUUUAGAAGACCUUACCAUGUAACCCUUUAUAUGUUUCCAGUAUACCUAUUUGUAUGGCAAUUGUUUCUGUAAGAAUCAUUACAUAUUCCAGAACGCUACACAUAAUAAGAUGCAGGUACAUAAACAGAAUCCAAACAUUGAAAACAAAAGGAUAAAUGUUUAAUACAUUGUGUGUGUGUGUGUGUGUGUGUGUGUGUGUGUGUGUGUGUGUGUGUGUGUGUGUGUGUGUGUGUGUGUGUGUGUGUGUGUGUGUGUGUGUGUGUGUGUGUGUGUGUGUGUGUGUGUGUGUGUGUGUGUGUGUGUGUGUGUGUGUGUGUGUGUGUGUGUGUGUGUGUGUGUGUGUGUGUGUGUGUGUGUGUGUGUGUGUGUGAGAUUCUCACCAGUGGUGUGUUUUUUUAGGGGGUUAAAAGUGCUUCCUGACAAAUUGGUCUCAAAGAACACCCUGCACUCAAGUCAAGAAUAUCGUUUGAGCGUUUUAUUUAUUUUGUAAUAAUGAAACAUUGAAUGUGCCGCGUGACACAACAUUUCUGCAUGGAAAACAAUGAAAAUACCAUAAUCAUACGUGGGUAUAAAUCUGUAUUAACAUGACAUACAUUUCUCCAAGUGGCACACUUGCAAUUGUAUAUAUUUAAAUAUAAAUUGUUUUAAUAGUGCCUAUUAUCGCUGAAAACUAUCACAACCAUCAUAAUCUUCUACAACCGGUCAAUCAAUGCAUGGCAAUUCCCCCUUACUCGUGAACACCAUGUCAUGAACAUGUUCAAGUGUGGUGGCCGAAAAAAGAACAGAAAACACACAUAGCUCUAUAGUGCCAUGCUGGAUAUUCAUGUAACUUCAGAAGGUGGUUUCAGGGGAUGUGAGUUUCUUUGACUCGAGAGCCCAACCUCUACCUGAAAACAUGAUUGAUAGGAAUUAGUAAAGAAAAACUGUAAUGUAAAUAAUUCUACUUUGGCCUUUUCAUGCUUUUUAGUACUAGCCAACCUUUCGUUUUAUUUAUCCCAUCAAAAUGACAGGUGCAAUAAUAUAUUGCACACUAUAUUGCAUUAAUGUUACUGACAUUACAGUCACACCUUUAUAUAAAUAUUUGAUUCAAUAUGUUGUAUAUAUGUAUACAACAAACAAACUGUACAGUGCAGACAAACUUGUAGCAUAUAUGUAUGUAAAAUUAGAAGUACAUACCAACAGUUCUUGAUACACAUAGCCUACUACAUGCAGCCCAUCAAUGCCAUCCUCUCCCCAUGCAAAAGAUGAGAAAAAGGACAAAAGCGAAACUAAAACCUCUCCAACUACUUUUUGACAAAUUAGUUGACAGAGGGAGAAAACUGAAAAUAAACUGUUUGGGAAGGAUCAGGAAAACAACAUCACGCACGACCCAUAUACAGUAGGAACAAAACAAACAAACAAACAAAAAAACAAGAUGGCGGCUAGAGAGAUAAACAGACGCACAUUUACACAGUCAUUUACAAAAAUAAAGUUCAGCUUUCGAAGAACCAGUCAACUGGUCUGAAGGGGCUUGGGUAGCCCAGCAUGUAGAGUUCAUUAUGAUGAAGGGAAAUUACUGGACAUGCAUCCCAAAUUGCACCAUAUUCCCUAUUUAGUGCACUUCUUUUGACCAGGACCCAUAGUGCAGUAUGUAAGGAAUAGGGUGCCAUUUGGGAUGCAACCUGGGUGUAAUGUGGAGGGGACACCCGCCCUAAAGAAAAAAGUAUUAUUUCAGCUCCUUUGUGUAUAUUACGGCAUUGUUAUAAUAGCAUCCAUGUAGCUUUGUACAGACAAGUGUUUAAGUCUAACUAGUAAAUGUGCUUCAACAUCCUCUAGAAAAUAGGGGCUUAAAAUCCCAAUAAACUGGAAAAUUAUAUCAGCAAAUAAAUCUCUUAAUAUAUUUCCAAUUUUAGCAGCAUACAGUAGCUUCAGUCUACUUAUCAACAUUCUAAAUCUUAGCUAUCAAUAGAAUCCAGUAAAUCAAGUUCAGAAUUAAAUCAGCAGAUAGAUUCAGAUAAUGGUUGAUACAUUGCUAACAGUCGUGAUCAGAUCAGGACUCCGAACAGAAAGUGCGGUGAAGUAGCUCCAGUGGAAGUAAUUCGAGUCCCAAACAAUUUCCAAACAACUCCUCACUAGCAUUGGUCUGAACAGUACCUUUCCCUUAUCCCAUUGUCCAGGGAUCAUCAACUAGAUUCAGCCGCGGGGCCGGAACAUAAUGACAAAUCAUUCGUCAAUUCCAAAUAGACUGCAAGAAGCCCAAACAGAUAGAAUUGAAACCUUGCUUACAUGUGUAUGCGAUCACGUGUUUAUCUUUUAUGCGGGUGAAUACUUAAUAACAGAUUUCCCAAAUUAAAAUCACUCAGAGCUGAUUUCCUGGUGUUUUUACAGUCUUUUAUGUCCAACAACAACGAUGACAUUUUUUUUUGCUCAGUAAACUUGGGGGCCAAAUAAAACCACAAUUUGGCCCGCGGGCCGCCAGUUGGGGAACUCUGCCAUAGUCCUAUGUGGAAAAACAUGCAUGUAAAUGUUUCUAGGUAUCCCAAAACCUUGAUUCAUAUGAACACAAGAUCCAAAAUGACAUCAAUCAAGACCUUUCAAAGCUUCAGCAAGAAGGCCAGCAGAGAAUCGAUUCAUCAAUGGGAUUAUUUUAGUGAAAAUGAACCAUAUGGUAAAUCACAGUGGGUAAAAAGCAAAAUCGGAGAAAGGAAAAUCGAAUCAGAAUGCAGUCGGCUGCUGUUGCCAUUGUACUACACAGCAACAACAGUGGUAUCGUUCUGGCUUCUUGGAUACUUUGGUCAUUUUAUGAAUCAAUCUCUGUCAUCUGUAAAGGUUGUUGAGAGAAUAUUCUGCUAGGUCUUUAUUGGAUGUGUUUGGUGGGUGAGACACCUUAGGCCCAGUUGUGACUGGAUAUAUGUAUUGGCAUGCUGGGGAUCAAGGUCUAAACAGGCAUGUAAUA